AUGGUGAUGGUGAUGGUGAUGGAGGUGAUGAUGGUCAUGAUGACAGUGAUGGUGGUGAAUGAUGGUGUUAACGGUUAUGAUGACAAUGGUGAUGAUGGUCAUGAUAGCUGCAACCAGCCGCUGACGUCCGCCCUGCCUGCGUCGGCCUUCAGCAGCAGCUCCGAGCUGACCAGCAGCCACGGCCCCGGGUUUGCAAGACUGAACCGCAGAGACGGAGCCGGAGGCUGGACACCACUCGUGUCAAACAGGAACCAGUGGCUGCAGAUCGACCUCGGGGACAGGGUGGCCGUCACCGCGGUGGCCACGCAGGGCGGGUACGGGAGCUCCGACUGGGUGACCAGCUACCUCCUGAUGUUCAGCGACAGUGGCAGGAACUGGAAGCAGUACCGACGUGAGGAAAGCAUCUCGGGCUUUCCGGGGAACGCCAACGCGGACAGCGUGGUGCAGCACCGGCUGCGGCCGCCCGUGGAGGCCAGGCACCUGCGCUUCCUGCCCUCCGCCUGGAGCCCGGCCGGCCGCAUCGGGAUGCGUGUGGAGGUGUACGGGUGCCCGUUCCGAUCAGACAUGAUCGACUUUGAUGGAAAAAGUUCCCUGCUUUACAGAUUUGUUCAAAGUGGCAGGAGUCCAGUAAAAGACAUCAUUUCUUUGAAGUUUAAAACAAUGCAGAGUGGUGGGGUUCUAUUCCACAGACAGGGAAGAAAUGGAAAUUGCAUCACCCUGGAAUUAGUGAAAGGGAAACUCCUUCUGUUCGUCAAUUCAGGCGACGUUGAGCCCUCCCCGUCCGGCCCCGGUGGCGUGGCUCUGGGCAGCCUGCUGGACGACCAACACUGGCACUCGGUGCUCUUCGAGCAUGCCCGCCAGCGUGUGACCCUCUCAGUGGACAGGCACUCGAGGCGGUUCCAGGCUCCGGGACAGCUGAGUCACGAGGACCUGGAUCCCGAGAUCAGCUUUGGAGGGAUUUUAGCACCUGGAAAGUCUGUGGCAUUUCAAAGAAAAAACUUUGACGGAUGUUUAGAAAAUAUUAAUUUUAACGGAGAGGAAGUCAUUGAUUUGGCCAAGAGGCGCAGACCCCAGAUCAUCCUCAGGGUCAACGCCUCCUUCUCCUGCUCGCGGCCACACACGGUGCCGGUCACCUUUCCCAGCGCAGGGAGUCACUUGGUGCUGCCGGGCUCCCCCGCCCGGGACGGGGCCUCCAGCAUCAGCUUCCAGUUCCGGACGUGGAGCCCUGCGGGUCUGCUGCUGUCCAGCUGGCCCCCUCGUGGCUCUGGGGGCUUUCUUCUCGCACUCAGAGACGGGGCCCUCAGCCUGGGGCCGUCCCCGUCUCCAGGACAAGCAAGCAGUGACGUCACCACAGGUGUCGGGCUGGCCGACGGGCAGUGGCAUGCGGUGUCCCUGACGGCCUGGGGGAACCUGCUGAGUGUGGCCGUGGACCAGGCCGGGGCCUCCGCGGCUCAGGCGGCGCUGCCUCUGGAGACCCCUGCCGGAGGUGCCUAUCGCUUCGGAGGGUGUGUCCCUCCAGGCUCCGGGUCGGAACGCCAGGCGUCGCUUGCUGGCUUCCAGGGCUGCCUGAGGCUCAUCUCCAUCAACGCCCGAGAGGUGGACCUGAUUUCAGUACAGCGGGGGUUGCUCGGGAACUUCAGCGACCUGCAAAUAGACUCCUGCGGCCUCCUGGACAGGUGUCUGCCCAACCACUGUGAGCACGGCGGCAGGUGCUCCCAGACCUGGACCGCCUUCUACUGCAACUGCUCCAGCACCGGCUACACGGGUGCCACGUGCCACCACCCGCUGCAUGAGCAGUCCUGCGAGGCGUACAAGCACAGGGGUGAGUCCUCGGGGAGGUUCUACGUUGACCCGGAUGGCAGCGGCCCCCUGCGGCCCUUCCCCGCGUUCUGCAACAUGACAGACAUCCCGUGGACCGUCAUGCAGCACAACGGCUCAGCCCUCACCAGGGUCAAGGGCGCGGACCCGGAGCACCCACACUGGGCGGCAUUCCAGUACGAAGCCAGCCUGGGGCAGCUGCUGGCCACCGUCGCCCGUUCCAGGCACUGCCAGCAGCUGCUGGAGUUCUACUGCAGAAGGUCUCGGCUGCAGGACUCACGAGACGGAACCCCCCUGAGCUGGUGGGUUGGACGCUCCCAGGAGACACACGCCUACUGGGGAGGGUCUGUGCCCGACGCGCACAAGUGCGCCUGUGGAUCCGCGGGGAGCUGCAUUGACCCCGAGUACCACUGCAACUGCGACGCCGACUGGGACCAAUGGACCAACGACACAGGCGUGCUGUCCCACAAGGAGCACCUGCCCGUGACGCGCAUCGUGGUCACAGACGCAGCCCGCCCGGGCUCCGCGGCGGCCUACAAACUGGGGCCUCUGCUGUGCCAGGGGGACCGGUCCUUCUGGAAUUCAGCUUCCUUCCACACGGAAACUUCGUACCUUCACUUCCCCACUUUCCACGCAGAGCUCAGCGCCGACGUGUCCUUCUUUUUCAAGACGAGAGCUUCAUCUGGGGUGUUCUUAGAGAACCUGGGGAUCACAGACUUCAUCAGCCUGGAGCUACGCUCCCCGAUGGAGGUGGCCUUCUCCUUCGACGUGGGGAAUGGGCCCUGUGAGGUCACCGUGCAGGCGCCAGCCCCCCUCAAUGACGGCAGGUGGCACCUGGUCCGCGCGGAGAGGAACACGAAGGAGGCGUGGCUCCAGGUGGACCAGCUCCCUCCCGGGACUCACACGGCCCCUGAGGACGGACACCUGCGUCUUCAGCUCAACAGCCAGCUGUUUGUGGGAGGGACGGCCACCAGGCAGAGAGGCUUCCUGGGGUGCAUCCGCUCCUUGCAGCUCAACGGGCAGGCGCUGGACCUGGAGGGCAGGGCACAGGUGACCCCCGGGGUGGAGCCCGGCUGCCCCGGGCACUGCAGCACCUACGGGCACCUGUGUCACAACGGAGGGCGCUGCCAGGAGAGGCCGCGGGGGUUCUCCUGCGACUGCGAGUUGUCUGCUUUCUCAGGGCCCUUCUGCGCGCAAGAGAUUUCUGCACACUUUGGAACUGGGUCCUCAGUGACUUACAGUUUUCAUGAGUUUUAUCCAUUAAGUACAAACUCCAGUCCCCUCGCUGCUUCAUUUCACGGGGACAUGACAUUAGCUGGAGAGACGAUCACAUUCAGCUUCCAAACAGUGCGAACCCCAAGCCUGCUGCUCUACGUGGACUCCUUCUACAAGGAAUACCUUUCUGUUAUCCUGGCCAAAAAUGGGAGUUUGCAGAUUAGGUACAAGCUAGAUGUCCAUCAGGACCUUGACGUUUUUAACUUUCACUUCAAAAACAUGGCGGACGGGCGUCUUCACCACAUGAAGAUUAAUAGGGAGGGAGGAGUGGUCUUUGUAGAGGUGGACCAGAAAGCCCGGAGCCCGGUGACCCUGUCCUCCGGCACAGAAUUCAACGCCAUCAAGUCCCUUGUGCUGGGCAAGAUCUCAGGUAACAGCCACGUGGAUGAGGACACCGCACAGGCCGGCGCCUGGGGCUUCUCCGGCUGCCUCUCCGCGCUGCAGUUCGAAAGCGUGGCCCCACUGAAGGCCGCACUGCAUCCUGGGCAUCCUGGGCGCACCUUGGUGCAGGGGCCAGUGGCCUCGUCGGAAUGUGGGUCCAGACAAGGAGGUGGCAGGGUGAGGGAGCACACGCACGCGCGAGCAGGACACCCCGGGGCCGUGGAUGAGGGGGAACCCAGAGCCGACGGGCCCCACGGAGACUCGGCCGUGAUAGGAGGUGCCGUGGCCGUGGUCGUGUUUGUCCUGCUCUGCGUGGCUGCCGUGGCUGCCCGCCUGUACCAGCAGAGGGGCCUGUCCACGACUGCGGGGACAGAAGGACGGGAGAAGCAGGUGCCCCAGUGUGAGCUCGGCCGGCAGGAUGCGGUGUGUGGAGACCAGCAGGAGGGCAUAUGA